UUUUUAAAUCCCUUUCUCUCUCUAAAUCUUGAUUUUCCACUAUUAUAUUCUCUCUCUCUGUGUCCCAAUUUUUGUUCUUUUGUUUAUAGGCUCUCUGUGUGUGUGUGUGUGUAUCCCUGAACGUGCGCGAACGCUCUUCGUGUUCUGUAUCAUCAAAAAACAGCUAUUCUUAGAAGUCCAAAUUUUGGAAUAUUUCUGAAGAGGGUCUCGAUCCAAAUUCCAACGCCUUGUUUGAAUAGUCAUUCAUUAUUCUGUUCUGAUAUCUGUAUCGGGUGAGUAAUGAAACUUGGAAUGCGAGGAUAUGAUGAUUGGAACCCAUGAUAAGGUUUGGUAAUGGGGUUCCUAAACAUGGAGAAGAAAUGGCUAUUUCCGCUUGUCAUAAGCUCUCUCAUAUGUAUAUUCCUUCUGGCCACUACCUUCAACAUGGGUCUUGUUUUUUCACUUCACACAAUUAAUUCAAUCUUUGCGAUUUUUCCUUCGCACAUAUCUACAAAUCAAACAAGCCUAGUUUUUGCCGAAUCAAAAAUUUCACAAUCUCCACCCCCUCCUGUCGGGCCAAAGAUUCCUCGUUUCGCUUAUUUGGUUUCCGGGUCAAAAGGUGAUUUGGAAAAGCUUUGGAGAACUCUUCAUGCACUAUAUCAUCCAAGGAACCAAUAUGUUAUUCAUUUGGAUCUUGAGUCACCGGCAGAGGAGAGGUUGGAGCUUGCCUCCCGAGUGGAAAAAGAGCCAAUUUUUGCUAAGGUUGGGAAUGUUUACAUGAUUACCAAGGCUAAUAUGGUCACUUAUAGAGGACCCACCAUGGUCGCUAAUACUCUUCAUGCUUGCGCCAUUCUGCUCAAGAGGAGUGAGGAUUGGGAUUGGUUUAUCAACCUCAGUGCUUCGGAUUAUCCUCUUGUGACUCAAGAUGAUCUUCUUUACACGUUUUCAACUUUAAAUCGGGAUCUUAAUUUCAUUGAGCAUACAAGCCAGCUAGGAUGGAAGGAGGACAAACGUGCAAUGCCUUUGAUGAUAGACCCUGGGCUAUACUCGUCAACCAAAUCAGAUGUCUUCUGGGUCAAUCCCCAGAGAACUUUGCCAACUGCAUUUAAAUUAUUUACAGGUUCGGCAUGGAUGGUUCUUUCACGUUCAUUUGUAGAGUAUUGCAUCUGGGGUUGGGAUAAUUUACCCAGGACCCUUCUCAUGUACUACACAAACUUCGUCUCCUCCCCCGAGGGCUACUUUCAGACUGUCAUAUGCAAUGUGCCUGAGUUUGCUACAACUGCAGUCAACCAUGACUUGCACUACAUUUCUUGGGACAACCCCCCCCAGCAGCACCCCCAUAGCCUUUCCAUUAAUGACACAAACAAGAUGAUUGGUAGCAGUGCCGCAUUUGCUCGAAAAUUCAAACAAGAUGACCCAGUCUUGGAUAAGAUUGAUAAGGAUUUACUAGGGCGGAAGAAAGGGAGCUUCACCCCGGGUGGUUGGUGCUCUGGCAACCCCAAAUGUUCCAAGGUUGGGAACCUGAACAAGCUCAAACCAGGCCCGGGAGCUCAAAGGCUUCGGCGCCUUGUAGCUAGGCUAGCAUUGUCAGCUAGGUUCCGUCAAAAUCAGUGUACAUAGAUUCAUUGAACUUUCUUGCUUGCGGAUGGAAAAAGAUUUUGAAGAGAAAGGAUUACAAUAAGAAGGAUUUACCUUCAAGCCAACUAAAGUAACUGAAAAUUUCUACUGAUAUGAACUUUGAUGCUGUAGGUGCAGCGGCGGCUUCAUUCUUGUUAGAUUUGAAGGCAUGUUAGUGUAGUUAUGAGCAUGGCCAUAAUUGUUGCCAUGCUCAGUCAAAGUUGGCACACGGUCAUCUUCCUUUGGUGGGUUCUGAUUACGUUGAACAUUUACACUAAGAAAUUUUUCUGCAGUAUUUCUUCCUACUGCUAUGACUCUUCUAUUCUUUUUGUCUUUGUGAUAUUUCAGAUCUUCUAUUUUCUACGGACGCCAGAACUUUUGUAUUAGUAAUAUUCUUCUGGUAAUAA